ACGCCCCACUCUGUUUCUUGUCCAAUCUUUCAAAGCCUUACUUUCUCUUCCCCUUGGUUUCGGAGGCUUUCAUGGUUAUCCAUCUUCUCUUCUCUUCCUUUUAGGCCCUUCGUUUCGUGUCAGUUCUCGUUAUCUAUUAGCAUCCUUUCUUGUUUUUGUCUUUUCUUCUUCUUCUUCUUCUUUUUUAUUUUUUUCUUUUCUUUCUUUCUAUUUUUUGUUCGUGUGUUUCGGUCUUCACCGUCUGGCUCUUACGGGCCUAUGAAUGCACCAACCCUUCUUGUACCCAGGGGGAGUUUUUAUACGUGCUGUUCAUUCAUCCACAGUAGUUGGCCGGAACGCUGUAAUUGGCUGCAGGAAGUGGAGAACUUUCUUGGGUUUUUGAACCUGUCACUCUUUCGUUCGUGUAAGCGGAAUAGUCUUAUUGAGGCAAAAGAACCAUCUCUAGACAUUCCUUAAAGCGUCUGGCUGUUGCAUUUUUCUUGCUUCCACCAUGUCGCCCAAGAUGAAAGGAAUCUACAAAAGUUUCAAAUUCAUUUCCCAAAUAUUUGUUGUGAAGGAGCGUGAGAUUGAAAUUGGGUACCCAACAGAUGUUAAGCAUGUGGCACACAUAGGAUUGGAUGACCAAUCUGGCAGUGCACCUAGUUGGAUGAAUGAAUAUAAAACAGCAUCCGAGUUUUCAACGACAUCGCUUGGAAGCCUUGGUGAAUUUAGAGGUUCCAACUCUAUGCCUCUUUCCACACGGUCUUCUCAUGAUUUUGAGCAUUCCAUGAGACACCGACCAGCAUGCGACACGUUCAAAGACGUUCCACCCACUGAACUUCAUAAUGUUCAAAAGAAGCAGAAGCGAAAAAAGUCCAGAUCAACUUCUUCUUCCAAGUCUUCUUUGUCUAGAUCCUCACGACCAACAAAGUCGAAGUCUGAUAUGGAUACAUCAUUAAACCUACAACUCUAGCAAUGGAGCAUGACCAAUGGUGUUAGAAUUAACACAGCAAGCCACUGCAGCUCCAACUCACAGUCCACACAGCAAGCCCUCUUAGUCAUGCUCCAGCGCAUUCCAGCAGCUUCUAGAAUAAAUAUGAUGUAAUUCUGUUAUGCACAGACUGUACAAAUUGGUUAGGAUUGUUAUUCCCUUUAUUCUUUUGUACUUACUAUAAAUAGGCAGUGCCAUGCACUCUACAAAAAGCAAUGCAACAGUACAAGCAGCGCAUAUUGUUUUCUGCAACAA